GAUCUCUUCUCCGGCUUUGUGGUCUCGAUCGAUCUCGCAUUGGCCUGUGUCGAUAUUGAUCUCCGUGCUGGUGGUGCGCCAGCACCGACCUGGGCUUUCUUGGUCUGUCAGGUCUGCCUGGCUUUCUAUGUCCUAGAGUUGUUUUGGCAUGUCUUCGUCGGCCGGUGGCAGGUGCUGAGGACACUUGACUGGUGGAUCGAUGCUAGUAUCGUCAUUGCCUCGAUCAUAGAGAUCGCGUUCCUCCUCAUGGGAAGCACUGCCGAAGAGGUCCGAGUUUUCAAGCUGCUGCGGAUAGCCAGGAUCAUGCGGCUCAUCCGCUUCAUUCGGAAGUCACCCUCGCUUCGGGAGCUGCGCAAACUCAUGAUGAUGUUUGCUAGCGUUAUCCGCACGCUUGCGUGGUCCUUUCUUUUCUGCUUUAUCGCCACAACCUUGUGGUCCAUGGUGGCAGUCGAGCUCGUGAACCCAGUCCUGCAAGAUCUGGCGACUGAAGGUGAGUUCGACGACUGCAAAGAAUGCAAAGAUGCAUUUGCCACGAUCCUGCAGUCAAACCUCACAUUUCUACAGACAAUGCUGGCAGGGGAUAGCUGGGGCAAAGUGGCCAUGCCCGUGAUCCGUAGGCAGCCUUAUACAGCUGCGAUCUUCGUGGGUGCGCUGGUUUCCGUCAUGUACGGCAUAUUGAACCUGGUCGUGGCAGUCAUCGUUGAUGCAGCCAUGGAGCAGAGGGAGAAGGACAUCACGACCUUGGCUGCAGAUUUGGAUUACGAGCUGGAGGAGGAUCUGAAGCAUUUGGGGCAAAUGUUCAAGAAAGUGGAUGCAAACGGGGAUGGUGAGCUCUCUCUGUCAGAGCUGCUUCAGGGGGCAGAGAAGGACGCGGAAUUCCAGAAUCGCUUGCGGGUCAUGGACAUCGACGCGGUGGAUCUGGAGCAGCUGUUCCACAUGCUGGAUGAGGAUCACUCCGGGUCCAUCAGUCCUGAUGAGUUCACUUUGGCGCUCAGCCGCUGGAUGCGCGAGUCGAAGACCGCCAACCACUUCGUCAAAUACAUGGUGCGGAACCUUUCCGUGAACCAGAGACAGAUGCAGAAGCACAUCAAGUCUAUCAGCAAGAACUUAGACAAGAUGGCCAAGAGCCUCAGCCAGGCGAAAGACUUCGAGGGCUCCCUGGGCUCCGACGCCUACACCUCCGAGGCUUCGAGCAUGUCUGGUGCCAGCGACCGGAGCCGGAGAGCGAAGAACUCGAUAGCCAUGGAAGCCCCGCAGAGGGCUGGGGCGACUCUGGAGUCUGGGGACGGGAGCUCGACAGCAUCCCCGUGUGUCACGGCCGGCUUCGACGAGAGUAUCCGGGAGUUAGAUGCCUUGAUGGCAAACCUCAGGCAGCAGCUGGAAGACGUUCGGAGCGGCUUCAUCGCAAGCCUCGGCACCGGCCCCCGUGCACAGCCUCAGGAAGAGUCAGGGCCUGCAGAGCCCAUGGUUGUGGAUGUGAUUUUGCCCGAGCCCGGCAAAGUUUCAUUUUGCGAAGAUAGCCUGGCUCGUCGCUU